CCCACAGACAGGUUUUUGUAGCGAUGGUAGUCUGCGGAAAGCCAUAAAUGACAGUGAUUCACUGGCUUCCAUUCACCACUGUGCUAGCUGGCUGGCUACCACCGCUGCCUCAACCCCUGCGCCUCGGACGCUUUCCUGGCUUCGUGGGCUAGCUACCUGCCCUCGUCUUAAACCGCUAGCUAACAGUAGCUAGCAAAGGAAGCGAGCGCGCUUGUACGAAUAACAUUGUGGGAAGUAAAACAGGAAUAAUAAAUCGUCUAAAUGGACCACAUGUCCAUUAUAACUCAAGUUUCCAAUCCUAAGGAGGAGGAAAUAAUAUUUAACCAGGAAAAAGCGUCCCAGUCAAACAGCAGCCUAAAGAAGCAGAGGAGCCGAGGCAUCUUCAGCACAUUUUUCUGCUGCUUCCGCAACUACAAUGUGGAGUCUCCAGCCACCAACACAAACGCCAGCUCCCCGCCUCCACCUGUUGAGGAGAACGGAUCGCCUCCCAAGUGUGACCAGGUCGAGGUCAUCCCUGUCCCUAGUCCGCCAGCUAAAUACCUCCUACCAGAGAUGAAAAUAUCUGACUAUGGCAAAAAGUGUGUGGUGAUUGACUUGGAUGAAACACUUGUCCACAGUUCAUUUAAGCCUAUCAACAAUGCUGAUUUCAUUGUCCCAGUGGAGAUUGAUGGUACCGUUCAUCAGGUGUAUGUGCUGAAAAGACCCCAUGUGGAUGAGUUUCUUCAAAAGAUGGGAGAGCUAUUUGAAUGUGUGCUCUUCACAGCCAGUCUUGCCAAGUAUGCAGACCCUGUGGCUGAUCUGCUGGACCAGUGGGGUGUGUUUCAAGCACGGCUCUUCAGAGAAUCCUGCGUUUUUCACAGAGGCAACUAUGUCAAAGAUCUCAGCCGCCUGGGGCGAGAACUCCGCAACGUUAUCAUUGUCGACAAUUCACCCGCUUCUUACAUUUUCCAUCCAGAAAAUGCUGUCCCAGUUCAGUCCUGGUUUGACGAUAUGAAUGACACAGAACUCCUGGACCUGCUGCCUUUCUUUGAGGGACUCAGCAAAGAAGAGGAGGUUUAUGGAGUCCUGCAGAAUCUAAGGAGCAGGUAGCAGGACACACCACAGUGCCGCCUGCGCCCUCCAGUCUUCUGUGUUGAUCUCUGUCCCUUUCUACGACCGUAUCUCUCAGACUCAGGCAGAUCCUCCCACACGCGCCCUAAAGGGACGCCUUGGAGUCUCACUGUGGAAAACUUCAUCGUAACCCUGUCUCUGAUCUCAUCUCCUGGCGACUGGCUGCCUUCUGAGUGCCAUCAGAAAAACAAAAACGUUCAAUAUCCCAGGAGCACUGUGUCUCACCAAAAAACAAAAAAAAAACAACAAAAAAAACACACACACACACCAGAAAGUGUACAGAGCGUCCUAAGCUGAUAAUAUUGGGGACAAAAUACUAAGAGGAAUGAACUCUAGUCUUUAUUUUCAAAUUAACAAAGUUUUACUAUUUGGUGAAGCGCUUAUUUUAAAAGCAAAAAAACAAAACACCCAACAAAACCGACUUUUUUGUCUGAGACUUCUUUUGUGGUACCACACAAAAGUCUGAACAGAUUUUGUCCUCAUAUUGUUGCUAUGCAGGCAGUUUCUGGUAGUAGAAAGGACUGUGAUUCUCUUUUCUUACUGAAUGAAGUGCCUUGUGUGAAUGUUGUUUAUAUGGGGAGAUAUUUUGUACAUGGCAUAUUUCCAGAGUACUUUGGUCUUUUCACACACAGAUAUGCUUUAAAGUGGACACAGAAAUAUCUUUAUAUGAAAGUUUGACUUCACUUUUUUUUUUUUUUCCUUUGGUCAUCAAACGCUGGGCAGUUGUCUCACAGUAUUCUUCUGUUUUCCCAGUAUGCUUGUGCCAUUAUAUAGAUGUGACUUUGUUUCUUUCUGCUUUCAUUAUACCUAGAAAUAGUUGAUUUUGUUAGGAAACAGGAUGUUUGCAGUUGCGACGUUCACGCCCCACCUGCAGCAAGUCCAGUAGUUCUUUGUGUUUGAUCACUUGAUCUGAAAGCUUGGGUAAAAAUGUGCCAUUUCUUUUUGUUUGCCAAAUAAGGAACUUUUUUUUUUUUUUUUUUUUUUAAAACAAAAAAACAAAAAAAAAAAACCAGGCUUGAUAUCCAUACCAGGGUUGAGCUGCAACUGUUAACACAUUAGUUAUGAGUAUAAAGUUAUAGGUUUUAUUAUUUUGACAGCUAGAUGUCAAAUUCAUUUAUGUUUUAAUAUUAGAAGAUGCUGUCAUGCUCAUCAGAUGGCUAGCUUUUAGCCCAGUUUUUUGUUUUUUUUUUUUUUUUUUGCUGCACACAAGUGGCGCAGCUUCACCCUUCGGGGGCUGAACUUUUGUACACAUUUGCAAAGGUGUCCUUUUAGUUGUUUAAAAUGGUCCAGGAUCUUACAGCAAAUGGGUCGAGUGCCAUGUUUUCAAUUUUUCCAUGUCAUCGGUGUCUUUUACAGGAUAGUGUCAGAUUGAGUCUGGACAGUGUUUAAAUCGCACCAUUACCCUGAUUUACAGUGGUGGCCUGGCCUCAUCUAGCCCUGGUAUAAAAACCAGUGGAUAUGCCACCUGUGCUGUUUAUUUUCCCAGACUUUUUUUCUUGUUCCCUUUUUAAACUGCUCUUCACCUCAGUGCCUACGUUUGAGAGAAGCCCAGCAAACCGAAUGCUGCAACAUUAGCUUCCAUGGCAAUAACCUUUUUUUUUGGGGGGGGGGCAUCCCAGCUGUUUGGUGUGGGUGUCUAGAGCACUUGAAUAAAUGGGCCAGUAAGGGUUUGUUAAAAGUAAGACCACUCUGGUGUUCACAGUUGCUUUCAGUGUUAAUGAAAGAACUUACACAUUAAUUUUCCACAUAAGUAGAUCCAAAAACUGGAUAUCCAUAUAUCAUUUAGAUCUUUUUUUUUUUUUUUCUCCAAAUACACUUUAAAUGAUACAAUGCUGAAACAACUUGAAUGUCGCUUGGGUUUUUUCACAAACAGUAGCCAAACAUAUGGUUAACUGUGUUGCCAUAGUUAACUGCGUCUGUUGUGGGUGAGGGUGGGGGGAAAGGAUGCCUUCCAAGCCUGCAGAUGGGUGCUCAGUCCAGGCUCAUCCAGACAGCCCCCCCACCCCAAAUGUUUGGGUCCAGCUCUAAAUGAAACACUACUGGGGCACUGCAUUAGGACUGUGAAGAACCUCAUCAUGGCAUUAAUGCCUUACUGCCUGUGGAGGCACAAAGUAAUGUUUCUUCAUUAAUUCCAAGGUUACACCUACAUGUUUUAGCAUUGUCUCUGUAGUAUUUUCUUAUGGAGUGUGAAAACUGAUCGGCCAUAUAUGUAGACCGUAUCUGGUUCAGGUGGUUAUGUAACAAUAAAAUGGAGCAUGGGAAAAGCUCUGUGGUGCCAUCUAGGGAUUGUUUGCCUAAAACAAACCUUUACUGCUUGGUUUGUGGGUCAUGGGGUUUAUAUUUAAGACACUACUUAAUAAUUUCCAUUUUUUUUUUUUUUUUUUUAAAGUCUGCUGCUCCUUGAGACAUAUUUUCUUUUUGCAUAAGCGUUUGUGUUGGUAGUGAGUGUGCAGCUCAUGAUGAUGGUUUCAGUGCAAUGUCUUUUUUAGAAGUGUUUGACGCUUCUCAACCUCUCAGUGAUUACCUUUCUCUGAAAAUGUUGUUUGUAUCAUUGUGAUAUAUUUUUCUACCUACAUGUUGUCAGUAUUUGGUUUGGAAAGUUGCAUAUUACCCAUUAUAUCCAGCUUUUUGUUCCUACGUCUUUCAGAUCGGUAUUGUCCCUCUCUCUUGCCUUUGGUAAGAAUAUAAGUCAGGUCUCGUUCCACCUAUCAGGGGACGAGUGUGUGUGUUUGUGCGUGCUGCCUUUCAGUUUUUCUUUGUUUCACUUCACUCAUAAUCACACAUUGUUCAUUCUGUAUUAAGUUAACACCAAAGUUCUAAAACACUUUUUUUUUAAAUAAAGUUCCUCUUUGCAUUUUUUUUCUUUUGUUCUACUUUGGCAGCAUGUCAUCCUGAGCAUCAUUUUCUUCCCUUUUCUUUCCUUAAUA